AUGGACGGCAGUGGAUAUCAAGGCUACAUUGGCGCGUCCAUGGUCAUUCCAACAUUCAGAAAACAACGAACGGAGUGUAUUGGUACGGAAGGCGCCUCAACAGUAUACGCAGCUAAGGUCUGCCAUGAGGGUGUUCCUAGAAAUGAAGCUGCAGAUAGGGCUGCAAAACGUGCGGCUCUAAUGGGUGCACGAAGGCAAAUCGUACCUGGAGAUCUAUCAAGUGAAGGAUGGACCAUACUUGCAGCAGCUGCAAAACGCAGAAUACGCCAAUCAAUUAAGGAUGCCUGGGAGAGACAGUAG